AUGAGCUCGAUCAUCUCAAGCCACGAACAAGCAUUCUAUGACGCAACAUCUUGUCGCAAAGAUGGCAAUGCUCCAGGGACAAGGUACACUUGCACCAACACGACGUUGACCAAGAUGUCAUGCCAAACUUUCUUGAUUUUCCGGUCAAACCGUCAGUUUCCGACCAUUUCCACCAUAGCCACCUUGUUUGGAUUGCCACCCAACACCUUGCUUGAAUUAAACCACAUAGAUUCUAGUUCAGAAGUUCUCCUUAUGGAUAGAGAAGUACUUGUUCCUCUUAGAUGUUCUUGCUCUGAUAACUUUUUUCAAGCAAAAAUAAAUUAUACAAUCAUGGAAAACACGACACUUUCAGAUAUUGCAUGUGGGGUCUUUGAAGGUUUGGUGAAAACAGUCACGCUUCUUGAGGAAAAUCAAAAUCAAGAAGUUUAUAAGGUUGGUUUUGUUCUUAAUGUGCCUUUAAAAUGUGCUUGUCCUAAUAAUGGUUAUAAAUAUUUGGUCGCGUAUCCUUUGGUUUCAAGAGAUUCUGUAAAGCCGAUAAGUACAAAAUUUGGUAUUUCUAAAGAUGACAUUUUCGCAGUUAACAAUUUAAAUAGUGAUACGACUGUUUAUCCUGAAACAACAAUUUUGGUACCAUUGCAUUCAAAACCUAUGAUUAACUUUAAUGUCCCUAGUUUUCAACCACCGACACCCGGAUUUUACCCGACAAAUCCGACAGAAGGAAAUGUCAAAUCCAUGAAACUAAAGAAAGUGUACAUUGUUGUUUCGGUCAUCGGGUCGGGUUUGGUGGUGGCCAUACUAAUUGUGACAUGUUUGUAUAUAAAUGCGUUAAAUAAAUGCAGACGCGAUAUUUUUAUAAUACCAUCAACCCUUAGAAGCUCUUUUAACUCGUUUUCAACACCUCCAAUUAGCUCACCAAAAAGCCCGAUCACAAGAAGCUCACCGAGUUCAUGUUUGUCACCUGAUUUGCUUGCGGGAAUAAAAUAUUCUUUGUAUAAUUUCAAAAUCGAGGAAAUUAGAAGAGCGACAAGAGAUUUUAGUGAAGAUUGUAUUGUGAGUGAAGAUAUUUAUAGAGGGUCAUUCGAUGAUGUUCAAGUACUAAUCAAAGAGAUUGAAUUCUCCGAAAUACGCCAUGUCAUUGAUCUCCAUUCGAAAAUUAACCAUGUCAACAUCAUGAAAUUGCUUGGUGUAUGUUACAAUGAGUCUUCAUGGUCAUAUCUUGUUUUGGAGCAUCCAUCAAAUGGGAGUUUAAGGGAUUGUUUGAUUAAUUCCUCGAGUUUGACUUGGACUCGAAGAACUCAAAUCGCGUUUGAUGUCGCAAUGGGGUUGCACUACCUACAUUAUUGCAUAGCUAAUCCUUACAUGCAAACAGGACUUUGUAAUGAAAGUAUAUUUGUGACAUCAACAUGGAGGGCGAAAUUGGCAGUUUUGUCAGGGAACACGAAUCCAUGCAACGUGGGGUCAUCUGGUUCAGAGUAUGAAAAUAUUUUGGAAUUCGGGAUGAUUUUGCUUGAAAUUUUAUCAGGGAAAGUGAACACUGACAAGAAAUCGUUACGAGAUUCCAUCGGGUUUUUGGGAGGAGAGGGUAGUGGAGGAGGUUGUUUUGAGCAUUUAAGAGGUUUUAUGGACCCUUGCUUGAACGAGGAUUACCCUUUGGCUGAGGCAUUAUGUUUAGGGGUCUUGGCUAAAGCUUGUGUGGAAUUUGACCCUUUGCAUAGGCCAUCUGUGGAGGAUAUCCUUAAAGUCCUUGCUAGAAUGGUAUGA